AUGCUUGUGUUUCGUUCAUUGAGAUUUACUGGUGUCUUUCCUCGGAAGACUAAUGUCUGCAGGCUUAUAUUUACUCAUGAUUCAUAUGCUGAUGCGGACUCUCAGGCCAUUAAGUUUUCUCCUGAUCGACUUGUGCGAGUUUAUGGAUUUGGUGUGGCCGCCACAGGUGCGCUUGGAAUGAAACAAUAUAUUGAGCCAAAAAGGUCGUUACCGUUUCGUCCCAGGUUUACUGUAUCUGUUCCGACCCAUCUGAAUUAUAUGUCAGUUAACUCAAUUGAUGUCAAGUCAAUCGCUUGUGGCUACGGCUUCACAACCUUUAUAGGUUCGCAUCCUACAAUGAAAAGGGCUGUUUAUGGCUGUGGAAUCAAUUCUGAUGGGCAACUAGGUGUUCAGACUAAUCAAAUACAUGGAAGCAUAUCAGAAUCGUUCGAUGUUAGCGUUGUUCCCGAACCCCAUGUUAUUCCGAUUCCACAAGAAGAAGGCUUUCUUCCUCUCCUAGCUUCCUGUGGCCGUGCUCAUUCAAUCAUCGUCCUCCAGAAUACGAAUUCAACGCAUGCGGUGUUAUUUAGUUUAGGAAAUAAUACUUAUGGGCAGUGCGCACGUGAAGUUAUCGAGGGAGAAAUUUUCACGGCAGCGAACGCUCAAGUUACUAAGGUAUUAUUACCACCAGAAUUGGAAAUCAUUAAGCAGGUAGAAUGCGGACAGGAUCACACUCUUGUGUUGUCCAGUAAGGGUGAGGUGUUUUCGGCUGGCUUAUCAACCGAUGGACAAACUGGACUGGGUUCAACUGACUCAGUUGAUAAAUUGACAAAGAUCGGUGGUGCUUUGGAUGGCCUGCAUGUUAAGCAAGUAUCAUCUCGCGGCGACACAGCUCUUGCAUUGACCGAAUGUGGACGCGUUUUUGCCUGGGGCAAUAACGAGUACAGUCAAAUUUGGCCUGUAACUGAUGAGGUUCAAGUCCUUGAACCCAUUGAACUUCCCAUUCACCAGUGCCUCGCCAACUUAGGGCUGGGCAGGGUGACCCAAGUUGCCGCUGCCGGAUCUAUGUGCGGUCUUUUGGAUGAGCAUGGGCAUGUUCUUGUCUGGGGUUUCGGUUGCCUUGGACUGGGUCCCAAGACUCUUCAUUGCUCAAAACCAACUCUCAUUCCACCAGCUCUCUUUUCUCCUGCUCUACCGUUCUCAGACAAUCGAAUAACUGACUUAGUGCCUGGAUUGCAUCACUUCAUAGCACGGUCAAGUUGCGGUCUUCUCUGGUCUUGGGGUGCUCCUAGGGGAGGUCUGGCGUGUCUUGGAUUGGGUCGAAACUCUACCAGCUCUACACAAGAUGCAACAAAGAAUGUUCAGACUUAUCCUGUGCCCUUAUCACUUCCUGGAGAAGCAUUAAAAGUUGCCUGUGGACCCUUCUACUCAUCUAAGAAGCUGUGUCACUCUUCUACCUUUUACCUUCAGGCCUAUUCGGGAUUUCGAAGCCGUCUAUUGCCUGUUUGUUUGAGGUGUAGUUACUCUCAGGCACCAACAGUAAAACGAUGUUACUAUGCGGUGCUUGAAGUCUCACCUACUGCUUCAUCAGACGUCAUUCGAACUGCCUACUACACCAAGUGCAAAGCAACGCAUCCUGACGUCGCAUCAACUGAUUCAAAGGACUUCUUGGAGGUCAACGAGGCUUACACUGUCCUAAUGAAUCCAGAACUUCGGCGUGCUUAUGACAAUACCCGUAGAAUUGUUCAACAUGAAGGAAAUGAUUUGUCCUCCUUCUUCUCCUGUUCUCCUGAUGGUCCUAAAAUCACAUUCGAUCGGGCUAGUGAAAUCUUUCAUGCUAGAAAGUUUCGACGCCGCUUUAGUGAAGCGCCUUGGCCUGAUUGUCAGCUCAAUUCCAACAAAGAUGCACUCAGAUGGUAG